AUGGCUUGGACCAAGGAAUACUUGGAUUUAGUUUUGGUCCCAAGUGGGUUGUUGAUCAUGUCUGCUUACCAUGUCUUUCUUCUGUAUAGAUGUCUCAAAUUACCGCAAACCACUGUCAUUGGCUAUGAAAACCACUGCAGGAAAGCAUGGGUUGAGAGAAUGUUGCAGGUUGAGGCGAAGGAUAUAGGCUUAGCAUUAACAACAAUCAACAGCACAAUCUCAGCAUCAACUUUCCUGGCAACAGUAUCUCUAACUUUGAGUUCUCUCAUUGGAACAUGGCUUGCUGAUUCUUCUCAUAAUCUCUUCAGAAACAAUAUUCCAGCAAGUUAUGUCCAGAAGGCAGUGAUAAGAGGCAGUGCUUGUUGGUCAAUCGGCUUACGAGCAAUAUACCUUGCCACCACCUUGCUGCUGUGGAUUUUUGGUCCAAUUCCAAUGUUUGCUGCUUCAGUGAUUAUGGUGGUGAUUUUGCACAUGCUUGACAGAAACGCGACCCCAUUACAUAAGUUUGAACCAGCCAACUCUCAUAACCAGUUUACAAAGAUCCGUGGGGAGUUAGCUGCGGUAGCUAGUACAGUUAUUGAGCAUCAUGACAGAUAA